AUGCAUGGGCUGUUUGAUUUCAACGAAGUCACGAAGGCUUUGCAGGACCCCAUAUCGACGCUAGUAGGGGUACGGCGCGCGUUUGACUGGGUCUCGCGCCAAUACUCGGCAAUGAGGGGAAGGUUGGCGUUUGAUUCCGCGGUAGUCAACUACCCGGCGUUGGAGACUGACAUCACCAAAAUCAUUACUGAUGGCUGCCUGGCUACGCUUGAGCAAGAGGCCUGCAAAAGUUUCAAGGCCUCACCUGCUGCACCACCAACUGAUGAGACGACAUGCUCGAUUUUGGGCCCGUCUUUCAGAAAGCGACCCCAGCGCGCGAAGCUGGUGUACACGGACAUGCGUAAAAACAUGGAUGUUAACACGCUGGAAGUGUUGAUGUUUCUGUCCUACAAUAGAGAUGCGUGGGAUGUAGGUAGUGUCAACUAG